AUGCAGAGGAAUGUGGGGCAGGGGCCUGCCUCAAGGAGACUGUGUUCCUGGGCCUUUGGCCUGGCUGCUCUGGAAUCAUGGCACUUCCCAGCUCUGAGGCACCGGAGCCUGUGUGGCCUCAGCACACCUCACUGCGGCCCCCUCUUCCCCAGAGACUUUUUGACCCUCACCGGCACCUGUGGCCCUCCCCCGGGCGGCGGUGCCCCCUGGCACCUUCGGAAUGUCCUCAGUGACUCAGUGGACAGCUCGGACGACGAAUUCUUUGAUGCUAGAGAGGAGGUGGCCGAGGGGAAGAAUGCCAUCCUCAUUGGGAUGAGCCAGUGGAACUCCAAUGACCUGGUGGAGCAGAUCGAGACCAUGGGGACACUGGAUGAGCAUCAGGGAGAAGGGACCGCGCCAUGCACGUCCAGCAUCCUUCAGGAGAAGCAGCGAGAACUGUACCGGGUCUCUUUGAGAAGACAGCGAUUCCCAGCCCAGGGAAGCAUCGAGAUCCAUGAAGACAGCGAGGAAGGCUGCCCGCAGCGCUCCUGCAAGACGCACGUCCUCCUGCUGGUGCUGCACGGGGGGAACGUCCUGGACACGGGCUCGGGGGACCCCUCCUGCAAGGCGGCCGACAUCCACACCUUCAGCUCCGUGCUGGAGAAGGUCAUGCGUGCGCACUUUCCUGCUGCCCUGGGCCACAUCCUCAUCAAGUCUGUCCCCUGUCCUGCCAUCUGCUCUGAGGCGUUCUCGCUGGUAUCAAACCUGAACCCCUACAGCCACGACGAGGGCUGCCUCAGCAGCAGCCAGGACCACGUCCCGCUGGCCGCCUUGCCCCUGCUGGCCAUCUCCUCCCCGCAGUAUCAGGAUGCCGUUGCCACCGUCAUCGAGAGAGCCAACCAGGUCUACGGAGAGUUCCUCAAGUCCUCCGAUGGGAUUGGCUUCAGUGGGCAGGUGUGUCUCAUCGGGGACUGUGUGGGUGGCCUCCUGGCCUUCGACGCCAUCUGCUACAGUGCGGGGCCCGCGGGGGACAGCCCUGGGAGCAGCAGCCGGAAGGGGAGCAUCAGCAGCACCCAGGACACCCCGAUCGUGGUGGAGGAAGACUGCAGCCUAGUCAGUAGCAAGCGUCUGAGCAAAAGCAACAUUGACAUCUCCAGUGGCUUGGAGGAUGAGGAGCCUAAGAGGCCGUUGCCACGGAAACAGAGCGAUUCCUCCACCUAUGACUGCGAGGCCAUCACCCAGCAUCACGCCUUCCUCUCAAGCAUCCACUCCAGUGUGCUGAAGGAGGAGGCCGAGCUCCCUGCAGCCCGGGCUCCCCAGCUCCCCGAGGUCAGCCUGGGCCGCUUUGACUUCGACGUGUCCGACUUCUUCCUCUUCGGCUCUCCCCUGGGCCUGGUCCUGGCCAUGCGGAGGACGGUGCUGCCCGGGCUGGAUGGUUUCCAGGUGCGUCCUGCCUGCAGCCAGGUCUACAGCUUCUUCCACUGCGCAGACCCCUCCGCCUCGAGGCUCGAGCCGCUGCUGGAGCCCAAGUUCCACCUGGUGCCGCCCGUCAGUGUGCCCCGCUACCAGAGAUUCCCGCUGGGUGACGGACAGUCCCUUCUCCUGGCCGAUGCCCUGCACACCCACAGCUCCCUCUUUCUGGAGGGCAGCUCGCGGGGCAGCCCACCGCCUCUGGACACCUCUGCCUCGCCCCCCCAGCGCCCAGGACGGAGGAUGAGCGAGGGCAGCUCCCACAGCGAGAGCUCCGAGUCCUCAGACAGCCUGGCACCCGUGGGCGCCUCCCGCAUCACGGCCAAGUGGUGGGGUGCCAAGCGGAUCGACUACGCCCUGUACUGCCCCGAUGUCCUCACAGCCUUCCCCACGGUGGCCCUGCCCCACCUCUUCCACGCCAGCUACUGGGAGUCCACCGACGUGGUCGCCUUCAUCCUGCGACAGGUGAUGCGCUACGAGAGUGUGAACGUCAAGGAGAGCGCUGGCCUGGACCCUGCAGCACUGAGCCCUGCCAAUCCCCGUGAGAAGUGGCUCCGAAAGAGGACCCAGGUCAAGUUGCGGAACGUCACUGCUAACCACCGGGCCAACGACGUGAUCGCCGCGGAGGACGGUCCCCAGGUGCUGGUGGGACGGUUCAUGUACGGGCCUCUCGACAUGGUGGCACUGACUGGAGAGAAGGUGGACAUCCUGGUGAUGGCAGAGCCGUCCUCCGGCCGCUGGGUGCACCUGGACACGGAGAUCACCAACAGCAGCGGCCGAAUCACAUACAACGUGCCGCGGCCCCGGCGCUUGGGCGUUGGCGUCUACCCUGUGAAAAUGGUCGUCAGGGGUGACCAGACCUGCGCGAUGAGCUACCUCACGGUGCUGCCGCGGGGCAUGGAGUGCGUCGUGUUCAGCAUCGACGGGUCCUUUGCCGCCAGCGUGUCCAUCAUGGGAAGCGACCCCAAAGUCCGGCCGGGUGCGGUGGACGUUGUCCGGCAUUGGCAGGACCUGGGCUACAUGAUCCUUUACAUCACGGGGCGGCCGGACAUGCAGAAGCAGCGGGUGGUGUCGUGGCUGUCCCAGCACAACUUCCCACAGGGCAUGAUCUUCUUCUCGGACGGGUUGGUGCACGACCCGCUGCGGCAGAAGGCAAUCUUCCUCCGCAACCUCGUUCAGGAGUGCUUCAUCAAGAUCAGUGCUGCCUACGGCUCCACCAAGGACAUCUCUGUCUACAGCGUGCUGGGUCUACCCGCCUCCCAGAUCUUCAUUGUGGGCCGGCCCACCAAGAAGUACCAAGCCCAGUGCCAGUUCCUGAGCGAGGGCUACGCUGCACACCUGGCGGCGCUGGAGGCUGGCCACCGCUCGCGCCCGAAGAAGAACAACUCGCGCAUGAUCCUGCGGAAGGGCAGCUUCGGGCUGCACGCGCAGCCUGAGUUCCUGCGGAAGCGCAACCACCUGCGCAGGACCCUGUCGGUGCAGCAGCCCGACCCGCCGGCUGCCAACCCCAAGCCCGAGCGCGCACAGAGCCAGCCCGAGUCCGACAAAGACCACGAGCGGCCGCUGCCGGCGCUCAGCUGGGCGCGUGGGCCCCCCAAGUUCGAGUCGGUGCCCUGAGGGGCUGCUUGUGCUCAGAGGAGGGGACCCCAGCCAGGCUGCCUGCCGGACGGGAGGGGACUGCCUUCUCCCGGACACAGGCAUUUUCCUGCUUUUUCCCUCCCGUGUGUCUGUCCAGCAGUGUCCGACUAGAGUGGGGAGGGACCCUGCCCGGCCUUGUGGGCUCUCAGGGUUGCGAUGGGGUGAGAUCUGGGGGUCUCCGUGCAGCUGCUGCUGCCUCCCCGAUGCCUGUGACCAAAAGCUGGAGUCAGGGUUGAAUGUUUGCGUAGUCCUGGGGCAGGUCUAUCGGAACCGGAGUAUUGGGGAGAAGCUGACCACCUUUGAGGUUUCCCCAUCUUCCACAGAGACGCUAGGCAGGUCCUGAGGGGUGUGGCCCCUGCUCUGGGACCAAUAGCCAGUGGCAGGUAGGUUCAGCUUCUUGGCUGUCUUUGUGGAGGAGUGAAUGGCAUUCGUGCCCAACCUCCCUGUGACGUUCCGGUCACCAUUUUCAGACUGGCUCUCAUAAGGUGAAGUGGCCACUUUCUGCGACCGAGAGGCCGUCCCCGGGCGUCCUCACUUAUGUCAUCUGUCCACAGCCCUUGGGGGUGGGGUCUGGUGCUGACCAUUGUCCCUGUCCCCCCAUCUUGUCCUCACCAUUUUCCCGUGGCCCUGGAGGACAGGCGUUUCUCUUCCCAGAGCGCUGCCUGAUGUCGUCCCUGCGAGGCUGCGGCCUGGGCCCUGGCCCCACUGGGCAGGCUGGGAGCCUGUAGCUCAGCCUCCCUGGGCCCAGCCUGCCUUCUGUAAGUGGAGGUGUCCUUCCAGCGGAGCCUGGUGUGCAUUUUCAGCUCCCAGGCUGUCCUGCGUUUCGGCCCUCAGAGGCUUUUCAGGCCUGAGGUCCCCUCAGAGUGCCCAAUGGGCUCUACUUCCUUACGGCCUGGGAGAGCGGCGUGGUGUGGGCUGGGCAGAGGGGCCCUUGUCCCGUCUCCAAGGAAGCCCAUGGGAGGGGCUCGGAAGGGAUUCCUAUGCCUUGGGAGCCCUGGCAGGUGUGCCAUGCGCUGGGCCCAAGCCAGGUGUCUAGGAAUAGAACCCCGUCCCUGACCAAAGGGCAUCAACCUGGUUCCCCGCGCUCGCAGCUCUGCUCUGCAGGCUGAUCUCCCCAUUUUGGCUCCCGGAAGACCUAGAACUGAGAUCCCAGGGUUCUGGGGGGCUCGUGGAGUUUUGGCUCAAACUGUUGUAUUCUCAGCCCUCGCCCACCCUCCCAGCACUUAGCUUGGUUUGUGCCCAUACCUCCUCCUAAGUGGUCCCCUGAGGUGGGCAGGGCUUGGCUCCCUGGGGAGCCUGCCUGAACCCUCCUGCUGCUGAGCCCUGGCCUGGGCCUUGGUCUCCUGGGCCACUUUUCUGCCCAGGCCUGCACCUGCCCAGUGGGACUGCCUGGGGUCACCUCUGAGCCCCUGUAGGCUACCAUGAGGCUGCCCCAGGGCUCAGAUGCCUGUCUACACAGCAGGCACCAGUGUCAGCUCCAUGUCGCUUCUGCUCAAUGUCUACCUCUCACGGCUCCCACGCAGCCGGCAGCAGCUGCCAGUGGGGGCAGCAG